AUGGAGAAGCUGGCGGCCGGGCUGGCCGGCCUGCGCUGGAGCAUGGGCGCCUUCCCGCUGGACCUCAUCGUCAGCCGCUGCCGCCUGCCCACGCUCGCCUGCCUCGGGCCAGGGGAGUAUGCUGAGGGCGUCAGUGAGCGAGACAUCCUGCUCAUUCACUCCUGCCGCCAGUGGACAACAGUGACGGCCCACACCCUGGAGGAAGGCCACUAUGUCAUCGGGCCCAAGAUUGACAUCCCCCUGCAGUACCCAGGGAAGUUCAAGCUCCUGGAGCAGGCCCGGGACGUGCGGGAGCCAGUGAGGUACUUCAGCAGCGUGGAGGAGGUGGCCAGCGUCUUUCCCGACCGCAUCUUUGUGAUGGAAGCCAUCACCUUCAGUGUCAAGGUGGUGUCGGGAGAGUUCAGCGAGGACAGCGAGGUGUACAACUUCACGCUGCACGCGGGCGACGAGCUCACGCUCAUGGGCCAGGCGGAGAUCCUGUGCGCCAAGACCACCAAGGAGCGCUCGCGCUUCACCACGCUGCUGCGCAAGCUGGGCCGCGCGGGGGCCCUGGCCGGGGUGGGCGGGCCGGGAGGCGCCGGGGCCGCGGGCGGGGGCGCCAGGCCCGUCAAGGGCAAGAUGCCCUGCCUCAUCUGCAUGAACCACCGCACCAACGAGAGCCUGAGCCUGCCCUUCCAGUGCCAGGGCCGCUUCAGCACGCGCAGCCCGCUGGAGCUGCAGAUGCAGGAGGGCGAGCACACGGUGCGCGCCAUCAUCGAGCGCGUGCGGCUGCCGGUGAACGUGCUGGUGCCCAGCCGGCCGCCGCGCAACCCCUACGACCUGCACCCGGUGCGCGAGGGCCACCGCUACAAGCUGGUCAGCAUCAUCUCCAAGACCGUGGUGCUGGGGCUGGCGCUGCGCCGCGAGGGCCCCGCGCCGCUGCACUUCCUGCUGCUCACCGACACGCCGCGCUUCGCGCUGCCGCAGGGCCUGCUGGCGGGGGACCCGCGCGUGGAGCGCCUGGUGCGCGACAGCGCCUCCUACUGCCGCGAGCGCUUCGACCCCGACGAGUACUCCACCGCCGUGCGCGAGGCGCCCGCCGAGCUGGCCGAGGACUGCGCCAGCCCGCGCCGCGCGCGCCUCUGCCUGCCCGCGCCCCCGCGGGGCCCCGCGCCCGCGCCCGCCCGCGCCCCCAGCCCGCCCGGCGGCGACGGCGACCAGGAGUACGUGAGCCCCGACUGGGCCGGCGCGCCCGAGCCCGCCGCCUCGCCCGCCGAGAUCCCCUACGAGGAGCUGUGGGCGCACCAGGCGGCCGAGGGCCUGGCGGAGGGCCGCGCCCGGCCGCCCCCGGGGCCCGACCUCAUCAACUUCGGGACGGGACCGCCUCGCCUGGAGCCCGAGGCGCCGCCGCCUCCGGUCCCUCCCAAGUCCGAAGCUGUGAAGGAGGAGUGCCGCCUUCUCAACGCCCCGCCUGUGCCUCCCCGGGGUGGCAGCGGCAGCGGCUGGCUCCCUGGCAGCCCCCCGGUGCCCCCGCGCUUCCCCAAGCUGCAGCCUGUGCACUCGCCCAGCUCCAGCCUCUCCUACUACUCCUCUGGCCUCCAGGACGGCACGGGUUCCCGCAGUGGCAGUGGCUCCCCGUCACCGGAUGCCUACUCCCUCUAUUGCUACCCGUGCACCUGGGGAGACUGCAAAGCGGGCGAGUCCUCUAGCCGCCCCCCGCCGCCGGGACCCCUGCCCUCCACCACGCAGCCCAGCCAGGCCCCGCGGGCCCUCGCAGAGCCCCUGAGCAGCCGAGCGGCCUCCCUCUUGGGGGCUGACACGCCUGCCAAGACCUACCACGGCUGCCCGCCGCCACUUCUCAAGCCCUCUCACCCCCAGAAACGCUUUGCUCCGUUUGGCGCCCUCAACCCCUUUUCCGGGCCUGCCUACUCCUCAGGCCCUUCCGCAGGCUCCUCUUCGGGGCCCACGACCGUCUCGGCUGCCCUGGCUACCUCCAGCCCUGCCUAUUCCCCAGGCCCGGGCUCUCCGGGCCCGGCCUUUUCGGCUGCACCCACCUCCUCCUGCCCCACCUCCUCCUGCCCCACCUCCUCCUCCUCUUCCUCUGAGUGGCAGGAAUCGGCCCUGGAGCCCUUUGACCCCUUUGAGCUGGGGCAGGGUGGUUCUCCAGAGCCUGAGUUGCUGCGCUGUCAGGAGCCCAGAGCUGUGGGGGUACCUGGGCCUGGACCCCGCCUUUCGCCUCUUGGACCCCCCAAGGCCUUUGAGCCUGAAGGUUUAGUGCUACGGCAGGUCCCCGCUCCACUGUCACCAGCGGCCCCCAAGGGGCCCAAGGCAGGUGGAGCACGCCUCCUCCUCACCCAAGGGCGCCUGGAAGGGCCUCCUGCCAGUCCCCGGGAGGGCGCCACGGGCUGGGGGGGCCGGGAGGCCUCCUGGCAGCCCCCCGCCGACCUGUCUGCGCUCUCUCUGGAGGAGGUCUCUCGCAGCCUGCGUUUCAUCGGGCUCUCCGAGGACGUGGUGAGCUUCUUCGCCCGAGAACGUAUCGAUGGCAGUAUCUUUGUGCAGCUCAGUGAGGACAUCCUGGCUGACGACUUCCACCUCACCAAGCUUCAGGUCAAGAAGAUCAUGCAGUUCAUCAAAGGCUGGCGGCCCAAGAUCUGA